AUGUCCUCCGGAGCAGAAGUUCGUUGUUACGAGUCUACCGUCUCUGAAGGGCAACAUCUUUCUGCGGAGUGGCACAACCGGUCAGCGCCUGUCAAUCAGCUCCCUCCUGAGGUCCUCUCCUUGAUCCUUAGAUAUGUUAUGCCCGACUUACCUCGUGAUGGCCUGCUACCCGACGAAGACCUCGCCUUCACCGGAGUGUGUCGAUACUGGCGACAGGUCGCCCUCGACACGCCCGAAAUAUGGUCCGGCAUCCCAAACGACGUCUCGCUGGAGAUGAUACAGAUGUUCUUGGCGCGUUCGAAGAACGCCCCGGCGACCAUAUUCGUUGGACCAAACACGGAUUAUGCUCCGGCUGUAAUCUCCAUGGUCCUCCCUCAUAUCGGCCACACUAGGUAUCUCUCAUUGGACUCGAUCCUAUCUGCCGCAGAUGUCAGACAGCUAGCACGUCCUGCUCCGCUGCUCGCAGAACUCAUCCUCGGUUGCCAGAAAGCGCGUCUUCCGCGUCUACCCGAUGACUUCUUGGGAUUGUGUGCGCCUCGCCUACAGAGACUAUAUCUCUUUCAUGUCUCAUUCAGCUGGGAUAUGAUGCGUUGCACAUCACUCGUCGGAAACCUAAGGAGAUUCGAAUUGUCAGGCGUACCCGCAGAUUCUCUUCCAACCGGAGAACAGCUCUACCGGGCUUUACAAGCCAUGCCUGGGCUAGAAAGACUCUUCAUACGGUCCGGAGCAUUACACAUGCCCCCAACUUUGGACAUCGGCAGGACUAGCGACAGUGCUAUCACGCUCCCUCGGUUAACUGCAUUAAACCUAUAUGGCCCCGGACAGUUCGUUUGCAACCUUCUAUGCCGUCUCAAAGUUCCUCCUACCGCGUCCGUUAUCCUUGGACUUUGCAACUUUGACCAAUGGGACAUUGCCUCCUGGCCACACUCCCCGUGGAUGAACUUCCUCGGGGAGCAUCGCGUCUUUCACCCCGGCAGUUUUACACGUAUGGAUUAUCACUCAUCCACCUGGGAAUGGAGUUUGACGUGCUCGUCGCGACUGGAAGGGGCUUACGAUCCCCAACCAUCACUCCGUCUGACAGCCCCUCACGAAUGCCUGGUCCAUCUCCUCCGUGAACUACCCAUGGAGAACGUCAAAAUCCUGCAAGUGGAGGCCUAUCUGGUGCACGACCCGGCCUUCCUGGAGCAAGUCAUGGGAGCUUGCAAAGCGGCGUCCGAAAUACGACUUGCAAAUUACGUCGACUGCCGAGCCGUCUUUCCGCUCCUCGCCUCGUCGCACGGGGAAGACACCGAGGAUCACGGGUUGCUCCCAGCAUUACGCCGGAUACACAUAAGGAACUUUACUCGCAAUAUAUGCGAUGACCUUUCCGGCGACUUAUCCGAUUUUCUGUCACGGAGAGCGGCAGCAACAAACAGGGAAUUGGAGAUCUCUUUGCCACCUAACUGCGGUGCCCGGAGCGUAGAGAUACUCCGUAGCAUGAUCGGGGAGUUAGCACGCGUCGUUGUGUGCGCGGUGUAG